AGCGCCUGCCCACAAACAUGGCGGCGCCCUGCGCGGCUUCCCGUCGCCGGGACCGUGGGGCCGGCCCUGCCUUGCCAGUACUCGGGGACUUCCUCCGCGCGCCGGCUUCCUGCCCAGCUGGCAUUUAAACCAGCGCCUGGGGCUGCAGGAUGCUGCUGCGGAUGCGGAGCUGUCCGCGGGCUGGGCAGCGUCGCCGCCUCCCCUGAGCCGCCUCGGUCCGGCAGGAGCGGAGCCGAAGCAUCCCUUGCUGCACGCAGGGCAGAGCAGGCAAGGGCUGGGGGCCGAUCGGGGACCCCGGCACCUGGCAGUUUCCUUGCAGGUUCGACUUUAAUUUCCAAGAUUGCACCCCUCCUCCUCUAGCCCAGAUCAUUAAUCCUCCCUCCGGCCUGGGCUGCUGGAUGCAGCGGCGGCCGGACUUGGUCCCAGGAGCAGGGAGAGUGCGCUCCCGGCCCUCCUAGCCGCGUGCCCGGGCCAUGGUGCGGCUGAGCUCCGCGCUUGGGUGAGGCGGCGGCGCGGCUCGGAGCCCGGUGGACCGGUCCUACGGGACAUCUUUCCCUGAGGAGGAGUCUUCCCCUGGGGCUGCGUGCCGGGGGCGAGCGGCGGCCGCGAUGUUCAGCUGGCUGGGUACGGACGACCGCCGGAGGAAGGACCCCGAGGUUUUCCAGACGGUGAGUGAGGGGCUCAAGAAACUCUACAAGAGCAAGCUGCUGCCCUUGGAAGAGCAUUACCGCUUCCACGAGUUCCACUCGCCCGCCCUGGAGGAUGCCGACUUCGACAACAAGCCCAUGGUUCUGCUGGUGGGCCAGUACUCCACUGGGAAGACCACCUUCAUCAGGUACCUGCUGGAACAGGACUUCCCAGGCAUGAGGAUUGGGCCCGAGCCCACCACAGACUCCUUCAUUGCGGUGAUGCAGGGAGACAUGGAGGGGAUCAUCCCUGGGAACGCCCUGGUGGUGGAUCCCAAGAAACCCUUCAGGAAACUCAACGCCUUUGGCAACGCCUUCUUGAACAGAUUCGUGUGUGCCCAGCUACCCAACCCUGUGCUGGAGAGCAUCAGCGUCAUCGACACACCAGGGAUCCUCUCCGGGGAGAAGCAGAGGAUCAGCCGGGGGUAUGACUUUGCAGCUGUCCUUGAGUGGUUUGCCGAGCGGGUUGACCGCAUCAUUCUGCUCUUCGAUGCCCACAAACUGGACAUCUCUGAUGAGUUCUCAGAAGUCAUCAAAGCCCUCAAGAACCAUGAGGACAAGAUGCGGGUGGUGCUGAACAAAGCUGACCAGAUCGAGACGCAGCAGCUGAUGCGGGUGUACGGGGCCCUCAUGUGGUCCUUGGGGAAGAUCGUGAACACCCCAGAGGUGAUCCGGGUCUACAUCGGCUCCUUCUGGUCCCACCCCCUCCUCAUCCCUGACAACCGGAAGCUCUUUGAGGCUGAGGAACAGGACCUAUUCAGGGACAUCCAGAGUCUGCCCCGAAAUGCUGCCCUGCGCAAGCUCAAUGACCUCAUCAAAAGGGCCAGGCUGGCCAAGGUCCACGCCUACAUCAUCAGCUCUCUGAAGAAGGAGAUGCCCUCAGUGUUCGGGAAGGACAACAAGAAGAAGGAGCUGGUGAACAACCUAGCCGAAAUCUAUGGCCGGAUCGAGCGGGAGCACCAGAUCUCACCUGGGGACUUCCCCAACCUGAAGAGGAUGCAGGACCAGCUGCAGGCCCAGGACUUUAGCAAGUUCCAGCCGCUGAAGAGCAAGCUGCUGGAGGUAGUGGAUGACAUGCUGGCCCACGACAUUGCCCAGCUCAUGGUGCUAGUGCGCCAGGAGGAGUCACAGCGGCCCAUCCAGAUGGUGAAGGGUGGAGCAUUCGAGGGCACCCUGCACGGCCCCUUUGGGCAUGGCUAUGGGGAGGGGGCUGGAGAAGGUAUCGAUGAUGCUGAGUGGGUGGUGGCCAGGGACAAGCCCAUGUAUGACGAGAUCUUCUACACCCUGUCGCCGGUGGAUGGCAAGAUCACAGGCGCUAAUGCCAAGAAGGAGAUGGUGCGCUCCAAGCUGCCCAACAGUGUGCUGGGCAAGAUCUGGAAGCUGGCCGACAUUGACAAGGAUGGCAUGCUGGAUGAUGAGGAGUUUGCACUGGCCAACCACCUCAUCAAGGUCAAGCUGGAGGGGCACGAGCUGCCCAACGAGCUGCCUGCCCACCUCCUGCCCCCGUCCAAGAGGAAACUUGCCGAGUGAUGGGGGCGGGGGGACAUUCAGAUGGGCAAGUGUUAGAGGAGGAGAUGGGAGCAGUGACUACACACACACACACACACACGCACACACACGAACACACAUGCACACACACGCGCAGAUCUUGACAUUGCUCUGUAGGUGAGAGAGGACCAUGAUGCCCACAUUUGCAGCUGAUACUUGUUUGGGCACACCUCCAAGUUCUCGAGAUUAGUAGAAGGACAAGAACACUCCCAGGCCCCAGAGUCUAAGCCUGAGUCUUCAUCUCUCUUCCCCCCUCAUCAGCCACUCCCCAGAGAUGAGACCUGAGGCAAUUCACUUGCCCGUGCAGAUGGCCCACCCACCUCCAGAUUCCCCAGUGCCUCCACAUGUGGGCUCUGAGCAGAUGGAAAAGACUUUUCGUUUAGUAGACAAUUCACUUCUUUUUCUGUGCUUCCCAUACCUGCUUUGGCUUCCUAAUAAGAAAUCCAUUCAGGAGCCAGGAGAUCUGAGGGCAUGGGGACAGCUGCAGGGAGGAGAGGUGAAAGAGGAAGCGUCUUCUAGAGACAUUGGCCCAGAAGCUCUGUUCUUUCCUAAUCUAAGCCUCUGUCUUCUUUGGCAAACCUUGCUUUGAACUCUGCCAGUAUUUCAUUUUAAAGAAUCCCAGAGCAGGAGAGAAAAGAGAAAAAAUUUGAUAGAAAGAGUGAGGAAACUGUCCUGUAGUCUCCUGGAAACCAGUCAAGGUGGUUUUAGUCCAUAGAUUUUGUUAGAUGUUCUUUCCACCUGGCCUGUGAUGUUUAGAUGUUCAUACUUGACUCACAUUUACCCAGCCCCUCCUGCGUGCCAGGAGCUAUGUUAGGCACUUUAUAUACAUUAUUCUAUGUGGCCCUCACUGAUGUCCCAGGUAAGUAUGCAUUAACCUUCCCAGUUUGCAGAUGAAGAGGCUGAGUAGCCUCAGAAGGGUUUAGGCAACCUACUGAAACUCACAGAAGUCACCUGUGAUGGAGAGAGGAUUUAAAGCCAGGGCCUCAGACCCUCACAUGCUUCUCUGUGCUAUGAUGUGUGCAGGAUCCCAGCACUGAUACCCAGUGACAAACUAUGGAGAACAACAAAGCAUGCAGGACCCCGGCAGCCUCCCAGGACAGGCUGGCAAGGGAGGAGGGCCGGCCAGCACUUGGUGGGCCAUCAGUCUGGCCAUCUGUCGUGUCACAGAAGCAAACCGUGCCUUCUGGCUCUGCGCCCCAUAUUCCCAGCAUCAUAGACAUCCAACAGCACCAGCAGGAGAGUGGGCUGGCCUGCUGGAUGCUGUUCGUGCCUGUCCCUGCUCUGCCUCCCACCCAGUUGCCUGAAUCAUCCCAGCUCAGAUGCAGCCACUGUCUCUUGUCAAAUGGGACCUCAUGCUAAUUCUCAAAAGGCUAACUUGAGAGGUCUGGGGCCUUGUUCCCUAGAGGGUCCCCAGGGACUCUGCAGUGUCCUUGGCAAAUCCCCACUGUACUCAAUGCCCUACAUCCUCCUCUAUGGUCUCUCCCCUGGCUUGCUUCAUGGCCACUGAACCAGUCACUUUGUAUGCUAUGUUCCUACUGUGAUGGAAAACUAAAUGAUUAUAACUUAUUUUAUAUCCAUAUUCAGAUUAUAUAGAGAAUAUUCUAUGUAUCUAUGAUGUGCUUACUACUGCAGUGCAUUUGUCAUUAGUCUUCAUGUUAAUACAGUACAUUUAUUCUUUGGUA